AUGAGUAACGUGGAGUACAAACCGGCGGAAAAGGUGUAUAUUCAACUGGUUAGACCAGAUUCCAGCGUAUCCUGGGGGUUCCGUCUUCAAGGAGGUAUUGAUUUCAGCACUCCUCUGUCUAUCCAGUCGAUUAACCCCGGUAGCGUAUCUGAACGAUGCGGUCUGAAGCCAGGCGACGCCAUUCUGUCCAUCAACAACGCCACCUCUGAUGCAAUGACCCACGACGAGGCCAAGGCAGAGAUAAUGAGGUCCGGGGACCAGAUAAUCAUGCUCGUUGAAAG